CUAUUAAUAACAGAUGCACCCAAAAACCCUAAACCCAAAGCCUCCCUUUCUCCUUAAACCCUAAAAAUCUCUCUCUCAAAAAAUGGCUGUGACUAACAUAAUCAGAAGGGCAGCUUCUCAGGUUGUACCUUACGCUGUUCGGGUGAUGGGUAGAACUCAGAGCUACCAAUAUCGAUCCUCUGCUUUGCUGUCUACGGUAGUUAACCGUAAUGGUGGUUGUAGAAACUUGUUUAGAAGCUCAACAGUUCAUUGUUAUUCAACAAAGAGGCCAAGUUCUGAUGAAGCGCUCAUUAAAGUUAUUCAAUCUGAAAUUGCAUGUGCUGAGGAACCUGAUGAACAUGAUAACGAGGUUCCUGAGGGUUUCCCGUUCAAGAUUGAAGAUCAUCCGGGACAACAGACUAUAACAUUGACAAGAGAGUAUCAAGGUGAAUCUAUUGAUGUCGAAGUUCACAUGCCUGACCUUGUUACUGGUGAUGAAGCGGAUGACAACGAUGCUGACAAUGACAGCGAAAGGGCCAAUCAGUCCCAAAUUCCUUUGGUCGUUAAGGUGUCUAAGAAGAAUGGACCAUCAUUGGAGUUUGGUCUCACAGCUUUUGCUGAUGAGGUUGUCAUUGAGACUCUGGCAAUCAAAGAUCCUAAUGCUUCCGAGGAUCAGAUUGCUUAUGAAGGACCUGAUUUCGCUGAUUUGGAUGAGAACCUCCAAAAGGCUUUCCACAAGUAUUUGGAGAUUAGGGGGAUCAAACCUAGCACAACUAACUUCUUGCAUGAGUAUAUGAUCAACAAGGAUGGCAGAGAAUACAUCAUGUGGCUUAAGAAUGUCAAGAAAUUUAUUGAGGCAUAGAUUCUGCUUUGUUUAAAGAAUUGUCGCUAAUGUCCUGAUGUUUUAGUAGGGUAGUUUUAGUUUGGCUACAUGUCUGUCAUUGAUCAAUUCGGUUCUUUUGGUUAUUUUUGCUAAAUCUUACUGUCCACAAUUGAUAAAGUUACUGUACAAUGACAUCCAAGUCUUUGGCAAGUUAAAAUGGAAAUGUUGGUGAAUUUUAUACAGCCAUAUCAUUUGAGGGAGUUCUCUA